UUGAAUAUGGAAUCAAAGGGAGUGGAAUUCGGGCCUCGCCUCAGUAAUGCUGGUCUCUACUACGCUGGAAAAACUGCUCAUAUAGUUGCAACUCGAAAAUACCUUCAGUUGUUGCGGGCCCACUCGUAUGCUACCGAUUGGAGGACUGUCUCAGCUCUCAGAGGGCUUUUUCGAGCCAUGAAAUACACACCUCAGGGCCUCGAUCUAAGCAAACACUUUAAGAAAUCCGACUUUUUGCGAUUGGUCAGUGGAUGGGAGGAAGGAAUCCAACAGGAUGACAAAGAACGGGGACUCUCCUUCGCCUCUCUUUUUGCCCAGGAUAGCAGCGCCUCCUUUUCGACAUGGCUAUACCCAAGAUAUCUCCUGGCGCUCGGGGAGCUCAAACGUAACAAGGCUUUGUGGGCAGAGUGGAAGUCCGCAGAGCAAACAAAAUUUCGACUACAAUUCCCGCCUGCCUUCCGUGGUGAUGAGCAAUCUAGAUUCAGGACUCGGAUGUUUGCAUUUGCUUUCCUUAUUGGAGGAGAUAGACACCGGGCAUUAGAAGUGUUGCAAUCCGUCCUAGAAGACCACGAAGAUAUCUUCAUCCCAGGCUAUCACGAGCUCAUCAAGAAUUGGAACCCCAGCGGAAGAGCCCUCGUCAAUGCCGUAAACAUAUCCAGCGGCGAAUGGCUGCUAGCUUUGAUACACGAUCACUACAGCUUCAACAAUGUAUGGCCAAAUGUUAACCUACUCGAGGUCAUGAGGAGAGCGAUCAGGUAUUUGUCAAAGAAUCCUCUGGAGACAGUGAAUCAGCUUGAUAGAUUUGUUCUCGAGGGGCUGGAAGGCAAUGAUAGGAAGAUGAGACGUGUUGGUUGGGAGAGGAAUCAUAUUGGGCAGGAAGGGCUCUCUAUCAUUGCGGAGGGGGCGACGGAGGCUGAGUACUGGCGGCCGGAGAAGCUCUUUUCUGAGCAAAGGCUGGAGGAUGUGUCGUAAAAGAGCAGUCUACUACACCAGAUGCACACAUUUCGAUCAGUCAGUUCUGUUCAAUAGCAGCACUUAACUUCGCAAUAGCAGCACUUAACUUCGUCCUCGAUUUCUUCUCUGCCCACUAUCUGAAAUCUUGAAGUUCGGUCUGGCUGUUGGGCACGCCGUGAGGGGAUCUCUUUUGGGCAAGAAACCCCCACUCCACACGAAGAAUCCUCGUUGGGCUUCCGGUAGGGCUUCACCAGCGGCGCACACAG